GCUCAGCCUCCAGCCCCAGGCCAUUGCUAGCAAAAAGGGGGAGCCGGCUGGUGGGGGCUGCGGCACACAGGCGCGGGAGCCGGCGCGGUGUCAAGUGCAGCUGGGACGCACGGACCGGGCCGAUUUGCAUUUUACCCUUUCUUGCAUCUGCACCCAGUUGUAUUCAGCAUGGGGGAACAGGACCACUUUCCCGGGAAGGAGCUUCAGCACCGGACACGAGCAGAGGCUCCAGCAAAGAAAAGCUGGCAUUCCCAGGCCUACGCCCUCGGGGCUGUUUCCAACUUUAUGUCUACUUUUCUGACCUUUCCUAUUUAUAAGGUUGUGUUCCGGCAACAGAUCCAUGCUAUGGCAGUGUCAGAGGCUGUGCGACAGCUUUGGCAUGAAGGCCCUCAGUACUUCUACCGGGGAAUCUACCCACCUCUUCUCUCCAAGACACUGCAAGGGACUUUACUGUUUGGGACUUAUGACAGCCUGCUGUGCUCUCUCUCCCCUGUUGGGCCACACUCCCUGGCACACCGCUGGGCUGCAGGGCUCAUGUCUGGUGUGGUGGAGGCUGUGGCACUCAGCCCCUUUGAAAGGGUGCAAAAUGUGCUCCAGGAUGGUCGCAAGCAAGCUCGCUUCCCCAGCACCUUCAGUAUUCUCAAGGAAUUCAACUCUUAUGGGCUUUGGGGGCGGCUGUCCCUGGGCUACUAUCGUGGUUUCUGGCCUGUCCUUCUCAGGAACAGCCUGGGGAGUGCUCUGUAUUUCUCCUUCAAGGACCCCAUCCAGGAUGGCUUGGCAGAGCAAGGCCUGCCCCACUGGGUUCCUGCCUUGGUGUCUGGGAGUGUCAAUGGAACAAUCACCUGCCUGGUUCUGUAUCCUCUGAUUGUGCUAGUUGCCAAUAUGCAGUCCCAAAUUGGCUGGCAGAGCAUGCCAAGCCUGUGGGCCUCUGCCCAGGACGUGUGGGACACUCGGGGCCGAAAGGUGUUCCUGAUCUACCGUGGAGGCUCCCUGGUCAUCCUAAGGUCCAGUGUGACAUGGGGCCUCACUACAGCUAUCCAUGACUUCCUACAGAGGAAGUCUCAUUUCAGGAAAGAGCUGAAAGACUGACUAGCUGCAGGAAGUGUGGCCAUGGCAACUUUGUUAUUCUAAGCUUUUCCAGGUUGGUCUAAGUAGCUUACUUCUUUGGCUUGGUUACCUAAUACAACCACUCUAUAGCAUCUUUGAACUGUCAGUGCCCUAGAGAAGUUCCCAACUACCAGCCUGUUGGGCACAGACAAAGCCCAACAGGAUUCCUUGGUCAGAAAAAGAAAGUCACCUCAGUCUAUCCACAGCUUCAACAGCCUCAGACUCAGGAGGACUUUGAAUAACUUGUAACCCAGAUGAAAUGCCAUUCCUUUAAGGAAUCCCUUGACAAUAAGAGGAAACUUUAAAAGAUGAUUUUAAUUAGGCACUAUGAGUUCUAGGACCCCUCCAUUUGUCCUCCAGACCAAACUGAGCGGAAGACCAGGAACUCUAGUUUCAAAGAACUAAGCUUGACUCUUAUGAUGGGAAUUCCAUAGAACUUCUCAGAUGGCUACAUUUUCAUGACAUUGUUCACUACCCCCACCACCACUACUCUCACUUCUCAAGGUUGUAAGUCCUAGUUUCAAGGUGGCAGUUGUGGCUGGAAAUCCUAAAUUAGACUUGCCUCAAGGGAUCAAAUGUCACAGGAACUGGUGGGGCUGGAGCUGGGAGUGAGAAGAGAUGUGGUCCCUGGAUGGAUGGAAAGAAUAGACUUUGAGGAAAGAGAUUUAGUUGUAUGCAAAAUAGGAAAAUUUACUAUAGAUUGCUUGGUGUUAUCUGCUGGGACAUUUUUGAUAGCAAGGCAAUAACAUUUCCUAGAAACCACUUGAGUUUCCCUAAGAAAUCUGGAAGUGAAAUGACCAUAUCUCUUCACAAAUAACUGCAUAUUUUAUUGCUGUGAAUAAAUAUAGUUUCUGUGACAUGAAUUAAAGAUCAGAAAUCUUAGUCUGUCAUUCAGAGCCAUUCAAAAUAUGGUCCCCAUAUAACUUGCAGCAUUUUAUACACCAUUGCCACUUAAAUAGAUCUCAUACACCAGCCAAAGUGGACUAUUAUUAUCUCCCCAAACAUGCCACAAACUUUCCCCUAGCCAUGCUUUGGCCCACACUGUUCUCUCCAUCUGUAGUGUGCCUUCUCCACAUGCCAGUCUGCCAAAAUCCUUUUAGUUCCUCAAAGCCCAGCUCAUAUGCCACCUUCUCUAUGGAGCCUCUUUUGAUUGCCCACUGAAUAUGAUGUUAAUCUCUUGUGAUGCCCCUCUCCAAUAACACUUCAUACAUGGCACUGAUUCCAUUAUGUCACUGAUCUCAUGUGGCCCCAUGUUCUUUUUGGUGUUCUUCUAUACCUCCUACUAGACUGUAAAUCUCCUUGAAAGCAGGGAUUCUUGUACACAUUUUAAAAUCUCCCAUUGUGCCUAGGUGCUGAGUAAUGUUGGCUGAAUUCUUGAAUUGAUUGUCAAGCUGUGAUACGGUCUUUCUCCUCAGGGUGCUGUCCCUUGUACAUGAAGAUAAUGUUGACUCACUGUCAGCAAGGCACAUGCCUUUGAGGUGUGAUUUUCUUUUCUUUUAUUACUGUAUUUAGUUUUGUGCUAAUGAUAAUGAUGCUGCUGCUGAUGAUAAUAAUAACAGUAAUAAAAAUGACUUUCAACUGGAACAUUUGAUGAGUUUGUGUUAUUGAUGGCAUGUGUGCUAUUAGCAAUACUAUAGGAACUGAAAUUUCACAAGCAGAAACAUAUUGCAUAACUGUCUCAUUCAUUUCAACUCUGGAAUUUUGAGGAUUUACAAGAUGACAUAUGUUGCAGAUUUCCCCUUAUAGAUGAUAUCGUGAUGAUGACUUCCGCUUACCCCUCCUUAUCGAACUGAAUAUGUCAUUUAUAAUGACCUGAUUAUAGAUCCUAGUAGUGAUAAUUCCUCACCGAGUAGCACAGAAAUUAAAGACACAGCUGUAGGCGAUAUGAGAUCAGAGAGCAUUUACCAGCGAGGUUAACAGAAAACGGCUGGUCCAGAAU